AUGAAGUUUUCAAUCGUCGCUCUUGCCUUGUCAGGUGGUGCGUCAGCGUUGCCUGCUUUUAGCAGCCUUGUAGCUCGCCAACCAACAGACCUGACCAACCGGAAAGUCGAAUUCAAGGGCGCCGCCCCUUCACUGAUCGAUGGCAUGAGCCUCUCCCGCGCCGAAACAGUGGCCGUACGAGAUGAAUUAGUGGCGAACACAGGAAAGAGGAGCUCGGUGGCAGAGCCAAGGGAGGCCGCACCUCCUGCACCAGGUGCCGGGUUUCGGACGGAGGCAAUAGGCGACAAAACAGAAAACCCGACGACCGGGUUGACGGACUCGGAUGCGGCUGAGAUUGUUACUUCGAUCGAUUUCAGUGACAAGAAUGCGCCUGGGUCGCUGAAUGCCAAGGGCCAGAGGAACCCGUUGCCGGGGUUGACUGCUGAUAUGACGGAUGCUAUCAUAAAGCAGGGGCAGGCAGCUCUGAAGGAAGCCGGUGCGUGA